GACAAAUGAUUGUGAAAUGAUGGCUGUCUGUCACAUUGUGAAUCUUGAGCAAGAGCAUGGUCUACCAUGUGCCAGAAUUGUAGAAGUUGCGGGCGUUUGAGGUGACAGCACUUGCUGGUCGGGGUGCUUGCACAGGAUUAAGCACCACUAAGGAGACACCCAGGUCGAUUGCGACGCGUCCCUCACCACUGGGCACGCGUUUCUACACAACCCCACGAUCCAUCCACCAGCUCGCGACAAGGAAGCUUAACAAUUCAGCGCACCGGCUCCAAGGCGACUUUUCGAUCCCGGAAAUCUGCAUGUUUUCCUUGCACCGAUGCUGCGAACACAAUGGAUAAUUACUCGCCCUUGGACUAACAACUCGAACUUUCAACACGAUGGCAGAUGGCCGCGAUGCCGCGCCAGAUGCUGGUGAAGGCAAUAAACCGGCUAGCAAGCCACGACGCCCAUCCUUUGCCUCGCCCACGAAGGCAAGCCUGAGUCGCUCCAACCCAGAUGUCAUUAAGCGACGCAGUGCGCAGAGACAGCGGGCUCCAGGCGACGACGACGAAGACCCCCUCGCCUCCGACCCAAACGGACCAAGCAGCGAGCGGAGUGCUGGAAACCACGACGCGGAAAGACGUGGGCCUCAAGAUGGCCGUCCCAAGAAUGCGACAGCGCGAGCCAUCGCGGGAAGAGCUGGACAGAAUGGAAAGCCUCUCGAUCGGCCAUCGCCACGGCCAUUCCCACCACGGGCGCAAGAAGACGACGACCUAAUAGACCCUUUCCAACGACGAGGCUUGAGACGAUCGCCACCACCAGGCGUGCUGCCGCGCGUGGACCGCGAAGAGCCAGAGCUGCCCCCAACCCCAACCCAAGCCGGUCUGGCUGAUCCUGCGGCUGUCGUCAGUUCUCCUAGCGGCAUACACAGUUCGCCAUCCAAGCGCGCGAAGCGGCACAGGGCGCUGUCUGAACGCAUCAAGAGCUCGCCACUGAAACAGCCGCCGCUCCAGGUUCCGGAAGCACAAGCAGAGCCGCCCUCGCCAACGGCUGCGAAGAACUCACGGCUGGGCGAAGGAAGAAAACACAUUGUCAAAGCUGAGACCCUGAGGCGCCCUCACAAAGCCCGGAAGGUCAAAGACGAAGAUUCUUUCGCAAGCGUACGAGGAACGAGGGACUCGCUCCUCGACGAGAUUGCGAGCCUCAAGCGUGAUCUAGCUGUGCUCAACAAGGAAAGCGAGCGGCUGUAUCGAUCACAUCAGUCACAAACGACCAGGCCAGCUCUCGAGACAUUCAGUAAUAUUGAUAACUUGAUAGACGUGCUCAGCCGUAGUGCUCUCCCUGCGGAAGAGAAGGCGCCGCCCAGUGCCACAGAGGAGUGGCUUGAGACAGCGAUGAACCCCAUUGCGCUGCUGCCUUUUGGCGCUAACCUGCCAUUGAUGCUGCCUACGACGACAGAGGCAAAUGCUCAGGAGGAAAAAGAGGAGCCGCCAGUCUCUCACUAUCCCGUGGCUAUGAAUGCCGAGGAAGAGCUUCCGUACCUCCAGCUGUUCUCCAAUCUUGCAUUCCGGUCUUCGGUCAGCGUCAUACCUCGAAACGUGCAGAGCAACACAGGCGACAGCACAAUCAUGCAGAAACACAAUAUUUCCAUAUCCUCGACGCCGCCCGGUCUUUUCGCCGCAAAGCUUGACUUUACCGUCAACACUAAAAAGCUUUCAAUUACGGACAUUGACGUCUCUCGGCUCGAGCCAGCCGCUGCAAGUGAGCUGGGGCCAUUUGUCCGCAGCAUUGUCGACAACAAGCAUGAUCGGAGCAGCAGCCACAUCCGUAGCAGCGCAUUGACAAGGAACUUGAGCGUUAUCACCUGGUCAAUGGGCGAAUGGGUACGACUUGCGACGAAACGCGCACACUUCUGGUGUGCUGUUGAGCAGAAACUGGGCACAAAAGAGGGCAUCGCCAAAUCCGUGGCGGCCGUACGGACAGGAAAGAAGCGGAAGCGUCGGCACCAAGACUCGGACGACGAAGACAGCGAGAACGAGAACGACGAGGCCGAGAGGCGAGGACGAUACACGAAGGCUCAACUCUUACCACGCAUGGGCCAGACCAGCUAUGAUCUGAGGAUUGCGGGACCCUUUACCGGUCCCGAUGACGACGUUAUGCCGAGUAUACGCAUUUUGUGGACCAUUGAAUUCGACUGGACAGGAGAAGGGCAGAGCAAAAUGGGUUUGCAGGUUGAGACGCCGCCGGCAUGGCACGAGCAAGAUUCCAAUGCCAAGCUAGAUAAAAUUCCGGGGAUCUUCGACAAGCUCGUUGGAGACAAGGUGGAUCCAUUGGAUGCAGUCCAGACAGUCGUGGCUCUGCUCGUGGGCGACGGCUGGAAGUAGACUUGGAUAAUGGCAUUUCAUAAAAUAUAAGGACAUGAUACCCAUGUU